GAAGGAGGAGGAGCAGCCGCAGCCAGCCGGGGGAGGAGGCGCCAUCGCCCGCUGCCGGUCCUUCUUUCCCUCCCCUGCUCCCCCCGGGAAGAGGCUGGUUCUCUGCUUCACUCGCUCGGCCUUAUUUUUUUUUUCACCCCCCCCUUCCCCUUCCCUUCUUUUUUGCUUUUACCCCCCUUUUUAACCUCCUUUUUUCUCUCUCUCCAAACCAGCAAGACGCUUUUUCCUCUGCCCCGGGGGCAGCAGCAGCAGCAGCAGCAACAACAGAAGCAACACUCAGCAACAGCCGGGCCGGGUUGUCUUGCACAACCGGAGGGGCACUUCCUACACACACACCCCCUUCCCACCCACCUCCCUCCGAAAACCACGUCCUCUGUGGGGCGACAUGAACGCCGCUGGUCGCGGACGCCUCGGCUCCCUCGCCUAAACAUGGAACCGGCAGCGGCGAACUGAACACAAAAGACGCCCAACCCAAGACAGCAUCUCUUUCCCCGUCGGCACCGCGACGAUGGCGUUCUGAUGGACCCGAUGCUGGCCAAGUCCACCUGGGAAUCUUACAGCUCUGCAGGGGAGGUAGCUGUAUCCAGUUGGGUGGCAGGCAGACCCAAGGGGUACCAUGAAGUUUUCAGGACCCCUGGAGAGCCAGAGGUUGUCUCUCCUCCUGGAGAUGGCAAUCUCUAGGGAAGCUCAGAUGUGGAAAGUUCAUGUGCCCAAAAUUCAGCCCAAUCAGGAUGUAGGCAUUUCUCCAACCCAGCGGGAUGAAGUAAUCCAUUGGUUGACCAAACUCAAGUGCCAGUUCCACCUUUAUCCAGAAACGCUCGCCCUGGCUGUCAGUCUCUUGGACAGGUUUUUAGCUGCCGUGAAGGCCCGUCCAAAGUACUUGAACUGUAUUGCAAUCAGCUGCUUCUUCCUUGCCGCCAAGACUAUCGAGGAAGAUGAGAGGAUUCCAGUACUGAAAGUGUUGGCCAGAGACAGCUUCUGUGGGUGUUCCCCAGCAGAAAUUCGCCGAAUGGAGAAGAUCAUUCUGGAUAAACUGAACUGGGACCUUCACACGGCCACCCCGCUGGAUUUCCUCCACAUUUUCCACGCAGUCGCCUUGUCCACCAGGCCGCAGCUGCUGACCCCCUUGCCCAAGAUGAACCCCUCCCAGCACGUGGCCCUGCUCACCAAGCAGCUGCUCCGCUGCCUGGCCUGCUACCAGCUCCUGCAGUUCAAAGGCUCCUUGCUGGCCUUGGCCAUCGUCAGCCUGGAGGUGGAGAAACUGAUCCCCGAUUGGCUCGCCCUCAUCAUCGAACUGCUCCAGAAGGCACAGAUGGACAGCUCGCAGCUGAUCCACUGCCGGGAGCUCGUGGCACAGCACCUUUCCCCUCUGCCGCCUUCCCUGCCGCCCAACUCCAUCUACGUCUACAGCCCCCUGAAGCACAACCUGGUGACCUGCCAGGCGGGAGCCCUCCGAUUCCACCCCUCCUCCUCCGCCGCCCCGGGCCCAGACCCCAAGGACAACCGCAGACCAGAAGUGCCAAGCCGCAGCUCCGCUCCGCUGUGCCGGCGCCGGCCGGCCCCCGGCAGGUGCAAGCUGGCGACGGCCAAGCGCAAAGUGGAAGAGAUGGAGGUGGACGACUUCUACGACGGGAUCAAGCGGCUCUACAACGAGGAAAACGCCCUGGAAGGGGUGGCCUUGGAAGGGAAGGCCGCCUCGGCCUGCGGCACUGACGUCUCGCGGCAAGGCGGGGGCGUGUCCCCCUGCCCACCUCUGCAGCCCGUGUCUGUCAUGUAGUCACGCGCCCGCCCCCGCUCCUUCGGAGGAAAGCUGCUAUGUCUCGUGCGCGUGCAACAUCAGGCAACAGCUGGCCAGUAGAGCGUAGGCGGUACC